AUGGGGCUAAGUUUUUCAGUUAGGGGCUUAGGAGCUCUUGGUCCCAAGAUUGGGAUGUUCGAUCCUAAGAUGGAUCGCAACGACGGAACCAAUUCUAAUUUGAUGUUCAACCUAAUCGGGCGAAGGCAGAUGCACGCAAGCAGUCGUCCUGUGGGGGCGACAAAUCAAUCUGGAUCGGAGUCUACUCCGACUCCGAUACAGAAUAUUCCUGUGGCGAAUCUCCAUCAAUCUAAUUGCGUCCAGAUGGAGGUGCCAAUAACUUUGAGUGUGGUGGGGUGCAAAACCUGUCUAGCCUAUUUCAUGGUCCCCGAUAAAAAUGAUUGUUGCCCUAAAUGUAAGAACCCCAAGUUGGUGGAUUGUACUGUCUCUGCUGCCGCUACUUCCACAACCACCGUUGAGAAGAUAGAUUCGUAG